AUUCAGUUUUGCGAUUUCUAAACUUACUCCAACUUCAGAAGAACCCAAAGAUGUCGCAUUUGCGAUCUCUGCUUCUUCUCCUUAUUAUCCUACUCCCUCAAACUUCAUCGGAGUUGGGAGCAAUAGAGGCCUUGGUGAGACGUCUAGACAGUAAACGAGCACCUACGUCUGUACAAGAAGCAGCAGCCAAGGCACUUCUCGGAAGAUUGUUGCCUACCCAUGUUUCAAGCUUUGAAUUCGAAAUCGUUUCCAAGGAUGCUUGUGGCGGAUAUAGUUGUUUCUGGAUAAACAACUUCAAUAUCUCAAGCAGGAAGGGCACAGAAAUAAUAAUUAAGGGCACCACAGCAGUUGAAAUUGUUUCUGGUCUACAUUGGUAUUUAAAGUAUUGGUGUGGUGCUCAUGUUUCGUGGGACAAGACUGGUGGAACUCAGAUUGCUUCUAUUCCGAGAUCAGGAUCAUUGCCUGUUGUGAAAGAUGAGGGUGUAAUGAUUCAACGUCCAGUCCCAUGGAAUUAUUAUCAAAAUGUUGUUACUUCAAGUUAUUCCUUUGUUUGGUGGGAUUGGAAAAGAUGGGAGAAAGAGAUUGAUUGGAUGGCACUUCAAGGGGUUAACUUGCCUUUGGCAUUUACAGGGCAAGAGGCAAUUUGGCAAAAAGUUUUCAAGACUUUUAACAUUACGAAGGAAGAUUUGAAUGAUUUUUUCGGAGGACCAGCUUUCCUUGCGUGGGCUCGCAUGGGUAAUUUACAUGGGUGGGGUGGGCCUCUUCCACAGACCUGGUUGGAUCGACAAUUGGCUUUGCAGAAACAGAUUCUAUCAAGGAUGAUUGAAUUUGGAAUGACUCCUGUGCUGCCAUCAUUCUCUGGUAAUGUUCCAGCUACACUGAAAAGGAUAUUCCCUGCAGCAAAUAUAACUAGACUUGGGAACUGGAACACUAUCAAUAGCGAUCCUCGUUGGUGCUGUACAUUCCUUCUGGAUCCUUCUGAUCCACUAUUUGUCAAACUGGGGGAGGCUUUUAUUAGGGAACAGGUUAAAGAAUAUGGUGACAUAACUGACAUCUACAACUGUGACACAUUCAAUGAAAACUCCCCACCUACAGACAAUCCAACAUACAUCUCAUUGCUAGGAGCUGCUGUUUAUAAUGCAAUGUCUAAAGGUGAUAAGGACGCUGUGUGGCUAAUGCAAGGAUGGUUGUUCUCAUCAGAGUCUGCAUUCUGGAGACCACCGCAAAUGAGAGCGCUUCUGCAUUCUGUGCCAUUUGGAAAGAUGAUAGUUCUUGAUCUUUUUGCUGAUGUCAAACCUAUAUGGGAAAAUUCCUCACAAUUUUAUGGCACUCCUUAUGUCUGGUGCAUGUUGCACAACUUUGGAGGAAAUAUUGAAAUGUAUGGCCGACUGGAUGCAAUUUCAUCUGGUCCAGUUGAUGCUCGCCUCAGCCAAAAUUCAGCUAUGGUUGGGGUUGGCAUGUGCAUGGAAGGAAUAGAACAAAAUCCAGUGGUAUAUGAGCUGAUGUCUGAAAUGGCAUUUCGGAGUGAAAAAGUGGAACUUGAGGAGUGGCUUAGAUCCUACUCACGUCGACGCUAUGGUAAACCAGUUUACCAAAUUGAGGAAGCAUGGAGGAUUCUUUACCGAACAAUUUACAAUUGCAGUGAUGGAAUUGCUGAUCAUAACAAAGAUUACAUUGUUGAAUUCCCGGAUUGGGAUCCUUCAGUGAGACCUGAUUUAAACAUGUCAGCAAAAGGGAAGAUGCACCUUGCACUGGAUUUAACUAGAAGAUUCUCCUUUAUAGAAGUGAUCGCUUCUUUGCCUCAGCCACAUUUAUGGUACUCCACCAAAGAGGUCAUUCAUGCUUUGAGUCUAUUCCUUAAUGCAGGAAAUGAUCUUUCAGGAAGCCUCACAUAUAGAUAUGACUUGGUCGACUUAACUCGACAAGUCCUAUCAAAGCUUGGAAACCAGGUAUAUAUGGACGCAGUGAUUGCUUUUCAACAGGAGGAUGUGAAAGCUUUAAGUGUUCAAGGUGAAAGGUUCAUUCAACUCAUCAAAGAUAUCGAUACUCUUCUGUCUUCUGAUGAUAAUUUGCUACUGGGAACGUGGUUAGAAAGUGCAAAAGGUCUUGCUGUAACUCCAAACGAGUUGAGGCAGUAUGAAUGGAAUGCAAGAACACAAAUAACAAUGUGGUUUGAUAACUCAGAGACCAAUCAGAGCAAUCUUCAUGACUAUGCCAACAAGUUCUGGAGUGGGCUUUUGCAAAGUUACUAUCUGCCAAGGGCUUCCACUUACUUCAGUCAUUUAUUAACAAGUUUGAGGGAAAACAGAGCCUUUCAGCUGGAAGAAUGGAGAAGAGAGUGGAUCUCUCUUUCAAACAAAUGGCAAGAAGGGACAGAGCUUUACCCUGUAGAAGCUCAGGGAGAUGCCCAUGCAAUUGCUGAAGCAUUGUUCAAGAAAUACUUAAGCUGAGAUUUGAAUUGAUUCGUCGAGAAUCAAUUAAAGAUGUAUAGCGGAUUUGUUUGUCGAUUUAUACAGGUGAUAGUGAGCCCUUCAUAUCUGGGUUCCUUAUUAAUCGACUCCAGUGAUCAAUAUUUUUAAGUCAUUGAUUUAAUAGGAAAGAUUCAAUUUUAAGCCUUUCACUAAAGAAUGUAUUUGUGCUCAUCUAUCAAAGUAGCAAACAAUAUUCAGGCUGUUAUCACAAUCUAUAAACAGCUCAAAUGGAUAUUCUCUGUUGGCCUCGGUGCUUGGCCUUCAUUUAUCAUUUGAGUCACACAUUUAGAAUCCAGUUACAACUCAAUAAUGGUUGGAGGAUCUCAACUAUUUAACAAUGAUAUAUAUGGAGAUUUCUUGAUGUAGUCAACAAAAAUUAUCUUGGGUAGGAGAUCAUUCAAAUGGAAAAGCUGAAAGGGUAUGUAUCUCA